AUGCCCUGUCCCAGCUCCUGCCCCCCCGGGCUCCUAGCCCUGAUGGCACCUGGGCUGGCCCUCAUGGCCACCUUCUCGCUGCCCUCCCAGGCCGGGGACAGGAGAGCGCUGCCGGUGGAGAAAUCUCCAGGUGUGAAGGGAAGAACUCUCAUUCUCCUUGAUGUCAACACCAAGAGCCCUGUCAGGAUAAUCAGUGAGAAUUUCCUCUCCCUGCAGCUGGACCCCUCCAUCAUUCAUGAUGGCUGGCUCGAUUUCUUAAGCUCCCGGCGGCUGGUGACCCUGGCGAGGGGCCUGGCCCCCGCCUUCCUGCGCUUCGCGGGCAAGAGGACGGACUUUCUGCAGUUCCACAACGUGAAGAACCCGGCCAAGAGCCGCGGCGGGCCCGGACCCGAUUACUACCUCAAGAACUACGAGGACGACAUUGUUCGCAGUGACAUUGCCCUGGAUAAGCAGAAAGGCUGUAAGAUCGCCCAGCAUCCUGACAUAAUGUUGGAGCUACAGAGGGAAAAGGCAGCUCAGAUGCACUUGGUUUUGUUAAAGGAGCAGUUUUCAAACACAUACAGCAACCUCACACUAACAGCCAGGUCUCUAGACAAACUCUAUAACUUUGCUGACUGCUCUGGCCUUCACCUGAUCUUUGCGCUGAAUGCCCUGCGCCGAAAUCCCAACAACUCCUGGAACAGCUCCAACGCACUCAGCCUGCUGAAGUACAGCGCCAGCAAGAAAUACAACAUCUCCUGGGAGCUGGGCAACGAGCCCAACAACUACCGGACCCUGAUCGGCCGCUCGGUGAACGGCAGCCAGCUGGGGAAGGACUACAUCCAGCUGAGAAGCCUGCUGCAGCUUAUCCGCACUUAUUCCAGAGCAAACCUCUACGGGCCGAACAUCGGGAGACCCAGGAAGAAUGUUGUUGCUCUCCUGGAGGGGUUCAUGAAAGUGGCUGGCAGCACGGUGGAUGCUGUUACCUGGCAACACUACUACAUCGAUGGUCGAGUGGCCAAAGUGACCGACUUCCUGAAAACGCGCCUGCUAGACACGCUGUCCGACCAGAUCAGGAAAAUCCAGAAAGUUGUGAACACCUACACACCAGGCAAGAAGAUCUGGCUGGAAGGCAUUGGCGCUACCUCGGCCGGAGGCAUGAACAACCUCUCCGACUCCUACGCGGCCGGGUUCCUGUGGCUGAACACGCUGGGCUUGCUGGCCAGCCAGGGCAUCGAUGUGGUGGUGCGGCACUCCUUCCUCGACCACGGCCACAACCACCUGGUGGACCAGAACUUCAACCCCCUGCCGGACUACUGGCUGUCCCUGCUCUACAAGCGGCUCAUCGGUCCCAAGGUCCUGGCCAUCCACGUGGCCGGGCUCCAGAGGAAACCCCGGCCGGGCAGGGUGAUCCGCGACAAGCUCCGCAUUUACGCCCACUGCACCAGCUACCACAACCACAACUACGUCCGGGGGUCCAUCACCCUUUACAUCAUCAACCUGCAUCGCUCCCGGAAGAAAAUCAAGCUGGCGGGGACGCUGCGGGAUAAGAUCGUCCACCAGUACCUGCUGCAGCCCUACGGCAAAGACGGGCUCCACUCCAAGUCUGUGCAGCUCAACGGGCAGCCGCUGGCCAUGGUGGACGAUGGGACCCUCCCCGAGCUAAAGCCUCGUCCGCUGCGGGCCGGCCGCACCCUGGUCAUCCCCCCGCUGACCAUGAGCUUCUACGUGGUGAAGAACGUGAACGCGCUGGCCUGCCGGUACCGAUAG